AGCGAGGGGGGAAACUCCAUUUAAAGGCCCUCCUUUCCUCCAUGUUAGCUGGGCAGGGGAAAACGGGAGGGAGUUAGCCAAACCCCACCGUGUCUCCAGCCAGGCUGGAGAUGGGGAGGGCAGAGUGAGACUCUCACAGGCUGCUGAAAUUUCUAGGCUGCCAGGAAGUCCCGUGAAGUCUGUGAAAAAGAGUUUCCUAACUCAAAGGAAAAGGGGAAAAGACCAGACCCCCUCUCAUAACCCCCUUCCAAGUGUGCGCUACCUUUCUUUUCCAGUAUGGGACGCAUCAAGGCUUGGAUAAGUCUGGGACCUGCCUGGGAGAGGCAACGGAGCCCAAGACAGGCAGCGUGAGCCCCAGCCUGGUGCCCUGGAAAGCAGCAGCAGCCACCGCUGGAGGGACCAAAAUGAACUGCCGAGAGAGCAAUGACAGCAGAUGCGGCUGCGGCGGCAGCGAGGAGAACAAGAUGCUCAAAUGUGUGGUGGUCGGUGACGGUGCGGUGGGGAAGACCUGCCUGCUGAUGAGCUACGCCAACGACGCCUUCCCCGAGGAGUAUGUGCCCACUGUAUUCGACCACUAUGCAGUUACUGUGACAGUGGGAGGCAAACAACACUUACUCGGACUGUAUGACACCGCAGGACAGGAGGACUACAACCAACUGAGGCCACUCUCCUACCCCAACACCGAUGUCUUUCUGAUCUGUUUCUCUGUUGUAAAUCCUGCCUCUUACCACAAUGUUCAGGAGGAGUGGGUCCCGGAGCUGAAGGACUGCAUGCCUCAUGUGCCUUACGUCCUCAUAGGGACCCAGAUUGAUCUCCGAGACGAUCCCAAAACUUUGGCACGUCUCCUGUACAUGAAGGAGAAGCCCCUCACUUAUGAGCAUGGCGUGAAGCUGGCUAAAGCGAUUGGAGCACAGUGCUACUUGGAAUGUUCAGCCCUGACUCAGAAAGGUCUCAAAGCUGUUUUUGAUGAAGCCAUCCUUACUAUUUUCCACCCCAAGAAAAAAAAGAAAGGCUGCUCGGAGUGCCACAGCUGCUGUGCUUUUGUCUGAAGUUAUCUGAGACCUGCGUCCCUGCCGUCCAAGGGGGAGAAGGGCAACAGAUCUCUGUGACCCAACUCCAGCCAAAAAGGAGGGAGUGGUCAGAAAGGGAUCCUUGCUCCCCAAGGCCCCACCCUUCCACCCUGCCAGUCCUCAGCCCAGCAUCCUGUCAGCUGACUGCCACAUCCCCAGACCAGACAUAUCCACCCUGCACCAAGAAUACUGAGCCGCAUUUCAGACAGGGAGCCGGUGAGGUGUUGGAAGCAAAAUCAAGACCAUCAUGUACUUCACAUCUCCCCUCCCAUGAACUUGAAGUGACAGGAAAUCCUAGCGGGAAAACCAAGAACUCUGCUCCUGCAUUGGUGGCCUUACUUUGUGUAUUUUUCAGAACUUGGGAAUGCAACACUAACCCUCUUUCCUGAAUCUUCUCUCUCCCAGGUGUCUUACAUUUGUUUCUAAUGUUGCAGGCAAUUCCCUGAUUUCUGCAAAUCCCUAUCAAAGGAGCCAAAAGACAAAGUGGGUUAUGUUCCCGCCUACUGUCAGUAGGUCUCUGCCAAAGUUCUUAGCGCCAGCAUGUACCUCUGAAUGCCUGAUUACAAGAAAACUUUGCAAUUUUAUAAAUUUACAGAGUCAUGAUUUCUUUAAACCUUUGAAAGAGAACAGCCUGUGAAUUAUUACAGCUCCACAAUUUUGCCAAAGAUUCACCCUGCAAACACUUCCAGUGAUCCAUGGCCUGGUCUUUCAAAAUUCUAUCGCCAUGCAAACUAAAAAUGAACUGUGUUUGAGAAAACAGUGUUUCUGCUUUUCAUCUGAAUUAGUCAGGGCAAGAAUUUGACAGAAGCAAGCCAUCUUUGACGCUGUUGUUGAUUGAGCAACAAACAAUAGUCUCUCCCUUCCUCAUCAAAUGCCCUUGCCCUCCCUCAGCUUCACAGUUGCUCCUGUGCCCAGUUCCAUGUGCUCCAAGUCAGAGCCUGACCUAAAAAAGGCUCUGGACACUGGACAUGAAAAAGCAAGUGUUCUAGAAUCCCUAAGGGUCAAACAAAGUGCCUCAACUUUUCUACUUGCUUUGACCCAACAUGCUUCUCAGCUUGCCUCAGUAUAAGCUCCAAUUACAGUUAAGUGACACUUUCCCGUUGCAACUGGUAUGAAGUCAUUGCCUCUCUCUCCUUAGUUCAUUCUGCCAAAUGUCUGUGGAGGAACUAGUUUAGUAGGUGCCAUUUCCAGAUCGAUGCGCUACACCAAGAGAAGGGAAUUUGGUCCUUGGGCAGGAAAAGCUUCUAGAGAGAAAUCAUGUGACUUUUCUACUGGAUGAUUCCAAACAGCCAGGAACUCUUAGAAUAGAGUGACUUUUUAUGCUUUAAUUAGAGGCUAUGAUUGGUUCUAAUUACUUGUAUUUGCUUUCAAAUGCCCUGGAAUUACCCAGAUAGGCUAACUUUUACUAACUUUGAAAUUUUUAUUGCAUAAAUAGAUCCUAUCUUGGCACUAUGAAAUUGUACCUCUUUUUCUCUUGAUUCAAGCUCCCUCCAUUGGAGGGAAAAAAUCCCAGAUUUUCUAGUCUCUUCUGCUCCUAGAAAAACUACAUAGAAAAGAAUUAUAUAAUAUGAGUCUUCUCUCUCUUAAAACCUUCCAUGACACCCCUUCAUUAGAAUUGUAUCCAUCUUACAGCUUUCAAUCACAUUUUAAACUCAUAUAACUUUGUGUAGUUAGGCUCCUAUAAACAAAGUAGUAAUCUAUCAAACUAGUAAUAAACUAGUGACAAGAAUUUGACCUUUGCACCAAGAUGCCUACAAUCUAGAGCACACAGCAAUGUAAUCCCAAUUCGUCUGUUUAGAAUUUCUGAAAUGUGCUUUCCCCUCUUCUACACUUUAAUACUGUUUCUCUUCUCUACCAUCCAAUUGCUACACAUUUUCCAAAACACACAUAGGUAUAUAUGCAUGAGCACACAUAUAAACACAGACAUAAACAUACACAUCACCUAAAAGGAAACAGGAGAUGUGUGAGUCAAAACUUGAUGUUUAGAGAAAACAAGGCCUUUCUGCCUUCCUAAGUGGAAAUCAACCAUGUCUGAGCUACAUCCCUGCAGAGGUUGUCAAUUCAUCCUUCAAUAACAGUAAGGAGCAUUUAGCCCUGUAAUGAAGGAAAUGCUAUGAGCCAGCUUUGCUGCAGUAUGGCAUAGCUAUCCUUGCUAAGGGGCUGCUUCUCACUUCUCAUUGUUGUGGAGGAAAAAUUGAAAGUGUUGUGUUGUCUCCACCAAGGAAAACUUCCCAGAUGUGUGCAGUCAACAGGAAAAUAGCUCCCUGGGCCAUCACCUCCCUAACAGGCCAAUGGGAUUUUUAUGGCAGGACCUAAUUUAUUUCACAAAAUGUCUUCUGCCACAAGAAUGACUAAGACUGUUCUGAAAACUAAAAGCAAAGAGUCAUAGAAAUCGAGAGAUUUCUAUGGUCCACACCAUCUUCCAAAGUCAACAAGUAGCAGCUGAUCUCCAUGUAAGGGGAGAAAAGGCCUCAGAUCCUGCAGCACAAUCCCUCGAUGUACAGAUGACACACUCAGCCUGGGUGGGCUGAGAGAGGUGUACUGUGCAGAGCUGAAACAGAUCUUGGCACCUGCUUCCCACCAGGCAUCCAUCAGCUCUGUACUGUAACAUGCACAGCGCCACAUGUAUCAAUUUGGAGUUUAUACAUGCAUCAUUAGAGUUACAUCUAUUUAUCCUACAGCUUUCAGCCACAUUUUGAGUUUCUAACUUUAUGUAGUUAGGCUCCUAUAAACAAAGUAGCAAUCCAUCAAACUAGUAAUAGAGACAAGAAUAGGAUCUUUGUACCAAUAUGCCUGCAAUCUAGAGCACACAGUAAUGUAAUCCCAAUCAAGUAGCUAGUUUUACAGAUGUUUUUCACUUAGAUGGUUGCCAGUUAGAAUUCAUAGACAGCUGAGAUUAAGACAUACAAGUCAAAGCCAUGUUUACAGUAAGAAAUCAGGGUUGUACUCCUAGUACAACCAUAGAAGUCAAGAACUACCACAACCUCAACCAAGAAUCACAAAGUCAAGAAUUAAGUCCUACACUUAAGACAGGAAGGGGGUUUUGAUCCUAUGAAUUCAAAGAUACUAUGUCUGGUUACAAUAUGCAAAGAAUCAUCUGGGAGAUGUCUGGUCUGUAAGAGAACUGCCAAGAAGUGGAAAUAGCCAUCCACGGUGCUCACUGGACCACUAGCAAGGAAAUAACACAAAAACAAGAGACGAGAAACAAUCACAACUACCCCCACAAACUCAGGAGGAAAAAAAAAAAAAAAAACUAA